AUGAGUGGUAUGUUAACGUUAAAUGUAAACUGUCAAGGUGGAGGAAAAGAUGGAGAUGGAACAUGUAAAUGUGGUAGUAAUAUACAUAACCUAGAAGCCAAGAAGUGGAUUGACCAACCUACUAAAGGCUUCAUCAAACUUACCCACUACAGUAAAAUACCAUUCAGCCUGAAGAAGGAACUGGGUGGGUUUAGGAUAAUAGAAGUAGGAGGAGUGUCUGAAAGACAACCCAUAAAAGAUGUAGUGAGUGUCUCUGUUUACUUUUGGGAAGGAGCUAAAAAUAAACCAAUUCUGCUCGGAAUUAAAAAACGUGAUAAACAUGAACCUACAUUCUAUGGCAAAGCCAAUACAGGUAUAACUUGGAGGAAUAGUACAGUACAAAAUCUGGACGAACAACAAGCUUUAGAUAAUCAGAACUGUCACAACAAUGGCGCUGUCCCAUUUAAUAUAAAGGGCUCUACAUCUGGUGAUCUUCUCAGAGAUGAUAAAGUUACCUGUGUAAAUACCACCAGAAGGAUAGAACUCGUUGGUGGUUCCAAAAAUCAUCCUGGCAGUGAAUAUGUUACUACGACUUAUAAAGUUAGUGGAGAUACUAAGAUAUCCAGAGUUACAUAUAGGGGAAAAGAUACUACUGAUUUGUCUCCUCCCACUUAUCCAGUUGGUGUAAUAAGACUCUACUCUUAUCCAGGUGCUAUAAACGUACCUCUCAUGCUAGAAUUUAAGUCAGAAAACGAUGGAUCAGGAUCAGCAUGCUUCGAAAGUAAAGAUACAAGCGGUACAAACUGGUUAGAGUACGGUAGUGGUAAUAGCUUCUAUAACGGAGAUCAGGGCACCCCUGAACCUACCGACGCCCUCUCUGAACAACUCGAUAGGGUGCUUUGUAAAUACCAUAACAAUGUCACCUUGGAUCUUACCAAAGAGAGAUACAAUAAUGGAGAUGAGUACUGUUGUAGCGAACAUAAGGAUGGAUAUAAGAUCUCUGUAACAUCUGGAGAGAUAAAAGUAAAUGGUGUUAGUAAGACUGCUUCAUACUGCAACCAUACCAUUAGAGGUGGAAAACUAGCUGGUGUCUUUUACAAGGAUUAUGGUCAAAGGAAGAAUAUAAAACUACACGGAUCACCAUUUCCCAUAGAUGGCGUAGAUAAUGUUUAUGUGUUUUACUGUCAAGGGAAUGGACCAUCACUCAUUUAUGUUGACAGCAAAAGUGCUGUAGAUAGAGGCUGGUACAAGAAGGGAGAUGGUAACAACUGGACAUGGAACUCAAAACUUAGUGUUAUACGGCCUGCUGAGUUGAAAAACUUAAGUUGUGCGAAGUGGAAGAGACUAAAAGGGGUGCUCACGGAAUGCAGCUGUACUAACUUGACAGAUGAUUGCUCCGAUCCUAAACAAGAUGAAGAUGAAAAACAACUUCAACAAGAAGAGGAAGAAGUACAAAAGGAACGACAGAAUGCAGUGGCUCUUACUUCCGCUGACUCUCAAGCUCCUACUGAUCCUGCACCCUCUCCAAAUGCUGGAAAUCCUAGUAGUACUGGAAUAGGAUCAGGAUCUCCUAGUGGCAGUUAUACCUCACCUUCAUCUCAACAAGACGAUACUGGAAUUCCACAUGAAGUAACUAUAGACAUUUACAGCAGAUCAGUAGUUGGACAAUCUACCAUUUAUGGAGGUAACUCUCCGAAUAUCUACGUAACUCCAAAUUCUAGCCAACUUAGUGUGAAGGACUUUACUGAGUCUACCCAUAAGGCACAGGGUGGGAACUACAUCACCGUUAAGGACUUUAAAUACAAUGAACGACUUAUCCAGGGAGAUCUAAAAGGAACUAUUAAAAAUGUAAGAUCAGUCUCCGUGUUCUAUUACACACCCAUAGAAGCGCCUAAUAGGAUAGGUGAUGAGAGAGGUAGACCUUUGCUUGUAAAAGUCACUCAGAAGGAGCCUGGUUCACAAUCAUCUACUGAAACAUACUAUGCAAACAUCAGUACUUCACAUGAUGACAAUACACAAUGGCGGGAAUGGAGCCUACCUAGAUCUAAGGAUGCUCUAGAAACUAAACUCACCAGUCUAAACUGCGAUCUAAACAACGUUGUAAGUAUUAAAGUCAAUCAGAUUAGUGGAUCUUAUUGUGGUCAUCUUAAGGCUCAUAUUCCCGGAAGAGUUAAGGUUGAAAAGGUAGAUGAUCAUGGUAGUCUUGGAAGCUACAGGGCUUAUAAGCAUGAGCUGAAUGGAAACUCAGUGGGAAAAUUCCACAUUUCUGAUUUCAAAAAUGGACAGAGUAUAACACUUAAUGGCCUACCAACACCUAUUCUUGAUGCUAAGAAAGUUGUUGUCUACUUCUGUGGUAAGAUUCCCCUCUUGGUUUAUAUAUACUCUAAUGAUCUUAUGACUGGUCCUGAGAAAUGGUUUCAGAGUGAGGAUGGAGGAGGUACUUGGACAUCUGCUUCUACCUUGAAUGGAAACAAUGGCGCUAACAAUGACGCCAUCGUCGGCCUUCUGGACACUCUUAACAGCCCAUGCAAACCCUCUUCUAUCACCAUAGACAUUUAUAAGAGAAGUUCUUCUGGAGCAACAUAUCAUCAAUAUACUGAUACAAGUUCCAGAAGAGUGAUUACUGUAACAGGUGUCAGGAAUAGCUCACCUGGCUUCAUUGAGUAUAGACAUGUAAUUCUUGGAAGGACUACAUUUACCAUUGAGAAGUUCCAAUAUAAUGGAAAGCCUGUUACAGGUGGUUUGAGUGUACCCAUGAGUAAAGUGGAGGAAGUCUCCGUAUACUAUUGGUUCCCUCUGGAAACUAUGGAGUAUAUGGACAAGAGUAGACCCCUUCUUUUCAAGGUUACCCUGCACGGUGGAGAUGAAAAAUGGUAUGAAAAUAACGCUGAAUGGAAAAGUGCUGAAGGAUCUGGAAUAUUUUCUCCAGACAAUUUCCAAAAGAAACUUCAGAUGCUCAAUUGCAAACUCAACUAUGCUGUAAUAAUAGAUGUUAGUCAGAGGCCAGAUAAUGAUCAGUAUAAGGAAUACGAUGCUUGUGAGACAACUAAUAAGGAUAGUCUGGAUCCUAAUCAUGGUAACGCAAGAAUGCAAGUUGCUAAGGACGAAUCUAAAACUGGUACCUCUCUUGGAGGUUAUGAAGUUUACUCUCACACUCUCAAAGCUCAUCCGCAUGGAAAGUUUCACAUAGUUGGAUUCAUUAAUAAUAGCACUAAUUCUAAAGAGAUACUCAAUGGAAUCAUAGCAAGUAGUGAAAGACCCAUUCUUGAUGUGAGCGAAGUAAGAGUCUACUUUUGCUCAAAGGAUGAUCCUAAAAGACCCCUUCUCUUGUACUACAAAACUAAUGGAGGAUCACCUGAACAUCACUUGUACCAGAACCAUACUCCUGAUGACCGUGGCAAAUGGGAAUACGAGAACAACUAUUCACCUCUAAUUCUCUAUGAACAGAUCCUCGAAAUACUCAAUGGUCUUCCAAGUAAAUGCAAACAGGGUACUCCUCCAUCUCCUAAAGCUGUUUCUGAAGAAACUCAACCUCAACCUGAAUCUCCUCAAGCUCUUGGUGGAGUUGGUCUUGCUACUCUUGGCACUAUGUCUCUCGGGACAAUUUCUGGUAUAUCCUCAGGUACUCUUGCAGGAAGUGCUGCAACAUUUUUUGCUGGAUGGAAACUCUAUAACCGCUAUAAGGGAGAUCCUUGGGUUAGAAAAGCGUAG